AGAUCAUCCCCUAUGGCCAAAAAUAGCACUCCUCUCGCCCCUCUCUUCCAGCCACCCGGGAAAAAUCAGGGUUUUUCUUCUUUUCUGAUCCCCCCUUCCCUCGUGGUGCCCCAUGAAGGUUGGCAUAGCUGCCCUGGCAGCCGGGAUCCUCGGCGGCACCGGCGUCUUGCUCUUCCUCGUCGCCUUUGGGACGGAUUAUUGGCUCCUGGCUACGGAGACCUGCAGCGUCUUCGAGCAUGAGAACAGCACUCUGAGCACCGGGGAGGCUGAAAUGCCAACGGAGACCGGGAAGGAAAUCCUCACGUUCCACCACGAGGGCUUCUUCUGGAGGUGCUGGUUCUUUGGUGAGGGCCACCCAGAGACCAUCUGGACCUUCUGGUACACCAGCCAAGCACAUCCCAAGUUCUGCAUGCAUGGAUACCUGUUCCCCAUGCCCAUUGCUCUUGGACCUUUGCCCCAUCCCUCCUACGACACAACUGCAGUGUACAGAGGGUUCUGGACGGCGUUCAUCCUGCUGGCCGUGGCUGCUGCCCUGGUGGGGGGGCUCCUGCUGGUCUGUGGAAUUCCCUUCGUCAGCCCCCGCUCCUACAAGGUGGGAGGUGGAUUCCUGCUGCUCUCAGCAAAAGAGUUGGAUUUUGGAGUGUCUAAGCUGCCAGGGAGAAUAAUGAAAUAUGCUACAACUACCUUUGAUUUAAAAAUGGCAAGGGGAGAAAUUAAAUCCUGCAGAAGCCACAACACAUCCACGGAGCUGUGUGGUAACUUGUCAACUGAAUUAAUUUCGAGCUGUUCACUUCUACCAUAAAAAUAUUAUAAGCUGUGAUGUAUUUCUUUCAUAUGUGUGUGUGUGUAUCUAUAUGUUAUACAGCACCUUUUAAAAAUAACAGCUUCUGGCUGUGAAGUACCAAGAUCAGAUAUUACUGAAGGGCUUUCAGACCUGUCAUCACACCAUCACUACUGAGUGCAGUUUAAAUUCAACACAUAUUAAAACUAGUAUAUAUUUUUAAUUAUAUGCAGUAAAUAGUAUUUGGGCCACUCUAGUUUUUGUCAUCUGCUUCAUAUGGGGGAAACUAAACCUCCAGCACUUGGAUUAUGGGGAAAGGAGGUUCCUAUUAAGGCGCUGAAGGCCCCAGGUCCAGGAGGUGCCUGUUCACCACGUGCUUUUCAGAUGUGACCAAGCUCUUCCCGCUGACCUUCGACGGGAAUGCAGCUGGAAAUAUGAGAUGGGGAGGUCUCCUGGGAGACCUGUUUGGGUCAUGGGCGUCCUGCGAGGCCAGGGAGGCUCCAAGGAGAGCAGACCCCUCCAGGAGAGAUGCUGACCUUGCCCUCACUGCUCAGGCUUUGUGUGGCCUCAGCUUUCCUCUGUCUGGCUCCAGGAGGGCCAGGAGGUCUCACUCGCCCAUGUGAAGUCUUUGUGGCCUCCUGGUAAAAGCUGCUUAUUGUUUUUUUUAUUACUCUGUUAUUUUGUAGCCCAUCUAAGAUUGGUAUCUCAGGGUUACAUGCCUUUCCCACCUUAUUAUGUGUUAUUUCCUUGCAAAAUAGAGUCAUCUGUGUCUGCUGAGGGUGGCAGGUUCAGUUGCCAUCAGCAGGAACUGAUUCCCAUAUCCUUGCAUUUCGAAAUUGGAAGUUGGAUCUGACACUGCUUGGAAGGGUAGGUAU